AUGAAUUCAAAGCCAUUGGCAUAUGAAAGCCUGAAAUGUGUUUUGGAACAUAUGGAUGGAACUAAACGAAUCCAAGCAUCAAUCUCAAUGCCUUCGAUUCGAACAGCUGAAAAAGCAGCACCUCUCAGAAUAACCAAUUUGCAAUUCAAACCAUAUCGAUUUGAAGCGAACAACGACAUUUAUCAAAUUGGAAUAAUUCGCAAAUGCAAAGAACAAGAUGGAAAACUUCUGACUAUAAUCGAAGAAUGGAAUGAACGAGGAGGUGUAAAGUGUGACUUGGAUCGAUUCGAAACGGAAGAUAAAUCAUUCGAAAAUACUCCAUUUGAAGGGGAUCUUGUAGUUGGAAAUGCGAAAUAUAGAGAAAGAGAAGUGGCCGGAACAAUCAGAGGUUUCGAAAUUCAGCAAAUGCGUCUGAGAAGUGAGAAUGAAUCAUCUCCAUACACCCAAUAUAUCCGAUUCUCCAUCAAGUCUGAAAACAGUGAAAAAGUCGAAUAUAUGGAAUACAACAAGAAAUUGCACGAAGCAAUGAAAUAUUUGAUGCAGCGAGUAUUUGGCGGACGUCUUCGGUCAAUCAGAGUGAAUCGAUUCUCGGUGAAUAUGGCGAAUGAUACGAUACUUCGAUUUGUGAAGGAAACGAAAAUGAAAAUUGAUAGACUGAAAAUGGAAGAAGAUGUGACGGCAGUAGUAAACUCUUUGGAAUCAAUUAUAGACGAAUCGAGUUAUCCAUUGAAGUCAGUUCAAAUGAAUAUAAAUACUCAUAAACUUUACAAAGAUGCUCAUUUGCAUCCGAUUGUCAAAGAAAGCCAAGUGUUGAUUAUUCGUCAACGUGGAUUUUGGAAACAGUCGGUUCCAACGAAUAACAAAGUUUUUUGGAAGUUUGGAUUAAUUCAAUACUCAAUAUUCACUGGUAUCAUCGAGAGUUGGUUGAUGAAUGGUGGAUCAAUCGGAUCAUGUCACUCAUUCUAUAUUAAUCUUUGUAAAUUCAAUCUCAUUCAGCGAUUCAUCGAAUGGACUCUACAACUUCCGAAUGCAAAGAAUGCGGAACUUGAUGGAAAUAAAUGUGAGAUUUUCAACACAUGCAUAUCAAUCCCUCUGAACGAUACAUCAGAAAUGAACGUCUUCGGAGAAGAUAAUACCUGCGAAGAAACACCAUGUUAUUUAGACAUAAAACCAGACAUGUUUGUUCUCAAACUAAGAAUCAUGCCUAUUGGAACGGUCCAACCCAUCUGA